UAUAGUCCUGUUGUGUCUUUGUACCAUAAAUACAAAUAUGCUCUGUUACCAUUUUUUCUGCUAUGGUCCCCAUGAUGUUACCUUCAUCUUGUCCUGCCUAGUCUAACCCAGGUCAAAAGCAUCCUCAAUGUGUAUUUAGGUUUUAUUAUCUCUCAUCUUGAAAUCAGGUAUGACUGUUGUGACUUGAAACAGAAGCACUAGAAGGAUUCACAAUAUGACAGCAAAUUUCAUAACGCAUGCUGCAUUUUUUUUACAGAUUCAAGGAUUGAUGGAUAAUAGUAUCAUUUUGUACAGGGAGAAGACCCUUAACAUCUAAGAAAUCACCACAAACCAAAUCAAACACCAGGCUAACCUACUAAUGGAGAAACAGCCACCUUAAUAAAGAGCUAGUGCUGAAAGCACGAUUCCCCCCGUCCGCUUGCCCUUCGGGCACUGUCAUCGGGAUCACCAUAGCAACUGAUGGUGAUUUUGCAACGCGCUUGCGUUAAACUAUCCCGCCAAAUUUGUACCCUCUUGUCUUCAGUUGCCACUGUGUAUGGAAGAGCAUGUGAGGCGGCGAGAUGGCAGGCUUCGCCUCAGAGCCUUUAGUCUGCGAGCGGUUCCACUCGCGGCACGACCUUCACUGGCUGCUGGAGUUUUUGCCUUCGCCGCUGUGCUUGGCCUGCGCCAUUGAGACGCUGAAGGAGGACCGGGUCUCGCUAAUACGCAAGAAGCAUGUGGUAUCUUGUCUCCGAGAUGUUCUGACUCAGCAUGCAACAAAAGUUAUCCCCUUGUUCGUUCAGAAUGAAAGAAUAUGUGCUUAUUUUAUAGCAACUUUGUUUGGGAUCUUACAAAUUGUAGAAGACAGCAGUAUCCUGGAUUUACUUAUUGAAGGUACGGUAUAUAUAAAAUGGGGAGCUUGAAUUACUUUAUUGUCUGUGUGAUGGUAGGAAGAGCAAUUAAUGUUUAGUGUUGUAUGAGGAGAUGCUAUGCAAAUGCCAGUAAAUUUCUUUUGAGGUUUAGAUUUGGAUUAUAUUUUGUUUUUCAACACAACAUUCAGCUUAAAUUAUAUAAAGACAUUUCUAAGGAGUAUUCUCAAUAAAUCAUGUUUUAUGAAAGUAUCUUAUUUUGAAAUUCCUCAUUUGUAGAAUAAUUUAUAAUUUAUAAUACCUAGUACUAUAGGUAUUUAGCUUUCCAAAAAUCUUCUCAGGCCUAUUUGAGAAUGCACUAUUGGAAUCAUAUUGUCAGUUUAUAAAAGAAUAUUAAUAUAUUUAUCAAGGAUCGUUGGCAUGUGAGUAUCUGGAGCAUACAAGAAUCCUGGAAUAUUGUUAAUAUAGAGUUUAAAAAGCAUUGGGGCUAGAAUACAACCCUGUCUAAUGCUUUUAUGGGUAGGUAUACUUGGAUGUCUGAAAAUAGCCCAGUCUUGUUUUCUAUAACAUACAUAGCCUAAAACACUGCUAGCUUUUCCUGAAUGAUAUGUAAAAGGAUACAUACAAAAUCUUUAUCUACUGAAAUGUGAUUGUUACAUUUAUACAUCAAGGAGGUCAGUUGUGAGCUUGCCAUAUUUCUUUUGAGGUCUGUAGAAAAUUGAAUAGAACUGGACCAAAUCUAAUAUACAAGGAGAAACCAGCAAAACAAAAAAUUGAGUUAAAAAUGAGCAACAUAAUGUUGUGGGCUAUGGAGAAAAACUUGCUAAAAAAAAUCCUACACUGCAUCCCUGUGGGAGACGCAAUUGGGCAGUGGCUAAUAAAUUUGUAUAUAAGCCCCUAUUCUUAUUUCUGGUCAUGUAACAGAGAUUGGAAUGUAUGCAGAUGCUCUGUUCUUCCUAGGGCACUGAUGCACACAGAUGUGAGGGAAGAAUAGAAACAAAAACAGAUUACAGAGAUGCAUUACAUCCCCCCAAAAUUGUCCCUCUCAGCCAUUGCUGGUAAAGUGGUUAAGAAUUCUGAAAGUCAUGCUCUAUAUACAAUCCCUAUCAUUAUGUAUAUGAGAUAUUAUUAUUCACAUUUACUUUAAUAUAUAUAUAAUUAUUUUCUGGAAAAACUACAAUAAAAAUUGUUCAGUGUAAAAUUGAUCAAAACUGAUUGUGGUAUAUGUGUCAAAUAUAGUGAAUAAACUGAGUAUUUUUUUUCUUGCUGUGAACAGUAUUAGUACAGUUGGUAGUAGAGCUGAAAUUGGAGAGGUAUCUACAUUAUCUAUUGGAUGAAUGUCAGAAAGAGGUUUGUAUCUUCCAUUUUGGAGUAAUGUGAUUUUCAGUAACUGAAGUAAGUUGAAAAAUAAGUGAUUUUUCUAGUUUAUAAAAAUAUUGAUUUUUAUGAAGGAUGAAUGGAAGAUCAAUGACACCAAUGGCAUUGUGAUAGUAACCUGUUUAUUUAUGUAUUGAAUUUAUAUGCAUCCAUCUCAUGGUUUGAGCAAAUCUGGGCGCUUACAAUGUAAUAAAACAUACAGAUAUUAAAAAUAAUUAUAAAUACAAAAACAGAUUAAAAUUAAAAAAGAUUAAGGAUUAAAAGACCAUAGAUUUGGAGCAGGGAAUUGGUGAUGUCUUCUCUGUCACUGCACUGCACCAGCCAUCUCCACCUACAGUUUCUCCUUCAGAUCCCCACACCAACCAACAUAGCCAGGUUUUGAAGCUCUUCCUGAAGACCAGAAGAGUGGGGCUGGAUCUCUCCUCUCGCAGCAAGAUGUUCCAAUGCGUGGGGGUCGUGGCACAAAAUUCCUUGGCUAAUGGGGUCCACAGUAGGCCCCUUUUGCCAGAAUAAAUGGGGUAGGCCAAUUUCAUUGGGGCAGAACAGUUCCUCAGAUAUUCUGGACCCAUGCCAUACAGGGUUUUAAAGGUAAUGACCAACACCUUGAAUUGGAUUGGGAAGCAGAUUUGCAGUUCACAUAAAAUUUGUCACCCUAGGGGCCUCCAGAACUAUCCCUAUUGCUGCAUUUAUUUAUGGAUGGAAAUAUAUAUAAAUGUCAUUUAUGUAGCUUGUAGCUGACACCACUUAGGAGUUUGUGUCUUCUGGAACCUGCUGCAUCCCAGGAUCACGUGACCACAAAUUUGUAACUUUUUUUGUCAUUUGCAAGCAGAACUUUCCUCAAUUUGUCUUAAGAGGGAUGAUCUAGGGCAGGGGUCUCCAAACUUGGCAACUUGGGACUUCAACUCCCAGAAUUGUCCAGCUAGCUUGCACAAAUCUUAAAGUUGCCAAAUUUGGAGACCCCUGGUUUAGGGUUAAAUGAGUUUAAAAGCUUACUUAGGAUUGUGGGAAUGUAUCUGUGAAAUGCUUGUUGACUCAAUAUGUCUUUGUAUUCUGAUCAAAAGAAUUGCAUGGAGAAUGAUUUUGUGUGUAUCAAGUAGCCCUUUAGAAGAAUGGCAGCAAAGGAAAAUAGUUGAUUAAAGAGAAAGAAGCAAAUUGCAAUGAUUUCCAUACUGUAGCUAGUCUUCUAAAUUGUUUGAUUUGCUUCCCCCAACUCCAAUAGUUAUGCAAGAUAGCAACAACAAGAAAUAGUUUGCCUGUAUUUAUUCUUCUUGGAAAGUUGGCAGAUGUUAUUCCAUUGUUUGCUGAUACUUUAGUGAUGGAACAUAGUAAGUAUUACAGGUGAAUUUCAACUAUACAGUGAUUAUAUUAUGAACUCAAUGAAUAAUAAAAAUAUUUUUUUCUUGAUAUCCCACAGAAUAAUUUUAGCAGCAAAAAAGAGAAUUAAAACAAAUUUCAACCUCUGAAAAACUAUUAGCAAGAUAAUUUGCUCUUGAUAACUUGGUAAUCAACUGGUGGUGAAUGUCCCUGUAGAAGUGGGAUAAAUUAAAACAUUGGCUGUGGUUUUUCUCAUAUCCAUAUGAAAGGGCAGAAUUGGGUUUCAUAUCGGAUUUUCCUAUAUUUCCCUUCCAGCUGUGGGAAGCAUAUUAAACUGAGCUAAAGAUAAGGCUGUCCUAAAUUGAGGAACUGUGAUAUGAUAUAAAUAGGCUGGUUUAAAUACUAACAUUUGGUUAUUUGCUGUUGCAAUAAGAACUUUGCCUUAGUAUUACUCUAGCUUGAUCUGAUUCUAAAGUUAAGACUGAAUCACUGGAGAAACCAUAGAGGCUCAGUUUCUUUUGGAUCAAUAUUUCCCAAGAAGAUUCAUUGUCUGCCUGUAGAUUCAGCUGUAUUUCACACUGUCUGUAUUAUUAGUAUAAUAUUUUCUAAGUUACUUUGUUGAAAGCAAAAGUUUUAGAUUCUCAUCUUGAAGAUCUCCUAUCCUUUGCCAAAUAAUUGUUGAAAGAGAACCAGGGUUCUUUCUUGAGAUUAAAGAUUUGCACAAUGUGUGAAAUCAUGUGACUUUUCAGAACUUGGUUUCAAUGAUUAUUUUUUUUCUGAACUUUUCUAACAAUACUUCUGUUUUCUCAUUACACCUGCUUUUCUACUUUCUUUAACAUGUAACCUGAUUGAGCAUCUAGCUGCAGGCUUGAUGUACCCCAGCGAGAGGAUAAAAGCUGCUGUGUGUUAUCUUUAUGGCAAACUGUAUACUGUCCCCAGUGCUGCAGAGCAGUUGUCUGUUCAUUUCACAGAUAAACUUAAUAGCCUUGUUCUGACCACUUUGAAGAAUGCUCAGACCAUGGAACUGCAACUUAACUCUGUGGGUUUAUUAAAGCAACUGCUGAAAUAUGAUAAUUUUGUUUUGGUUAUUAUGAGUUUUACAGGAAAAGGAGCAAAUUCUGCAAGUCCUGAGUUAUUUGAAGGAGACAGUCUAUUACCUUUAAUUCUCAAGAAGUUGCUAUUGUCAAGAGAUGAGAUAUUACAGAUAGCAAGUACACAGUGUUUGGCUGCUGUAUUGGUGCAUUCCCCAACUAAAUAUGCUCCUGCUUUUAUCUAUGCAGAUAUUCCAGAAUUUCUAUUUGAGUGUCUCUUCUGCAUGAGUGAAAGUCUCAUCUGGUCAGUUUAUUGCUGCCUAUUGCUCCUUACUGAGGAACAGCUUUUCUUUUCCAAAUGCCACACUGUUUAUGGCAUAGAACCUCUUGUAAAGAGCUUGAAAGAAACUUUGCAUCUUAAUAAUAUAGAAUUGCAAAAACAAGGACUUCUACUUUUUACUGAAAUUUUGAAAAAGCAACCAGAAGAAAUUAAAUUAUUUACAAAUAUUGCUACAUUUAAAGAUGCUGUUAGUGUUCUAAUGGAAGCUGUGAAAUGCCCUGUUAUUGAAGUAGCAUCUGAAGCGGUGAAAGCUGUGACUGCAAUUUUGAGAAAGGAUCACGUGAGCUUUCCACCUAUACAAUAUGGGCAACUACAGAAAUUGAUUGAAACUAUAUUAAUGCGAUGUAAUGAUCUCCCACUGGCACCUUUUAAUAAGAGGCUAAUGGAUCAUCAAGGGGGGAGAUGUAAGAACAGAGCAAUUUCACAACAGGCACAAUUCUUGCAGAGUGCCUUAGAAAGUUUCAGAAAUGCUUGUAGUUUAGCUGUGCAAUACCAAAAGGAUCCUCUGGCUCAGAAGAACACUUUUACAGCUCCAAAUUCAGACAAUAUUGAUAUAUUGAAAAGAUUUUCGGAAUUUCUUCUAAGGAUAUCUGAUUCUCUUUGCAUUCCCAUGGUCAUGAAAUAUUCUGAAAGGGCUGUCCGCCCAGGUAUCAUGGAAGUCUUCAUCUCAACACUUAGCAUUCUGUUCAAUGUUAUGCCAGAUAUGCAUAAGAGAUUAUCCAUUAAGAUGGCAUCUUCUUCUUUCAUCCAACUAAACCUGGAAUUGAAAGCCAAAUUCUGCACUGGACAAAGUAAUGCUGCAUUGAAUCAAGCUUGUUCUAGUUUUCUUCAUAGCAUGUGCCUCAGUCUUUAUUUGUCCUGUGAGAAAAUGGUGGAUUUCCCAAAACAAAAGCAAGAAAUAUCUGAACUCCUGUGGAAGACUCUUCCCCAGUUAAACUUCAGUCCAGUGGAAAGUCUCAGACUCUUAUCUGAAACCUCAGAUCCCUUAUGUUUAAAUGAAACACUUCGUAAUCAGCAAUAUAGCCUUCUGUUUCUUUUCUACCUUGCUUUUAGUCAUGAAGACAGAAUUGUUCCAGAAGCAGAACUAUUCUCAGCUAUAUCAAGUUUUCUUCUAUCAGUUGAGGACCAGAGAGAUUGUCCACCUGCAUAUAUUGUUAAAGCUAUUUUGUAUCUUCUGGCAAUUUGUCAGGACAAAAGUAAAGCUUUGGACUUGGCAUGCCUUUCUGCUAUAAGGAAAAUCCUGGAUGUUAUAUCUGAUUUCAGUCUAGUGUAUGUUCAUCAUCCUCUGCUGCUUAAGUUCUUUUUACAAUAUCCUGAUCUUAUGGGAAGAUUUGGUUACAGCAUCCUUCAACUCUGGUUUUCCUGUGAAGAUUUCUCCCAAACUGAAUAUGAAGAUGUUGCCACAAGAGGGUCUGGUGGCUUUUCUGACUCUUCGAACAACUUUAAUAGUUUGAUUUGCAUGCUAAAAGCCAAUCCCAGUGCUAUACUUGUAUUACUGGAUCUAGUCUGCUUUGGAACCAAUGAAGUGGCUCAAAAAGUCUUAAUUUCACUGAAAAUUUUCUUAAGAAUAGCUGAGGAUAUCCGUGUCUGUGACCUUCUUCGAAGCCAGUUUCUACAGAUUUUGCAACAACUUUUAGUAGAAAAUAAUUCUAGUAUUUCACAAGUAAGCCAGAAUGUGCCACUUUUGUUAAAUCUCCUUUUUCUGGUUCAGCUGAGAUAUGCAACAGAACGAGAGUUGGAUAAUACAGAUUUCAGACUGCUUCGCUUAGUUAUCAAUUUGUGUGGGAAAUGUAGACCAACAGACUCUGAAAUUCUUCAGCCAUCCCUGAACUUUCUUUAUUGGAGCCUUCAGCAGACAAUUCCUUCCAGCCAACAAAUAGUGGUAGUAUUGUUACUUUCCAAUAAAUCUUUGAUAGAGCUCCUUGAGAAAGUUCUCCACUGUACCUGGAUGGCAACAUCUUUCUCUGAACCUGUCUUCUCCUCAUCCAUUGAAUCACUUAUUUGUUCUUCAUGGCUUUUGAUUGCUUCACUCUUGAUUCAACAAAAUAUUUACAAUACAGAGGUUCAUCACAUGAUCUCCUUAGAUGUGGACAAGGUCUUCAAUGCAGUUGCAUACAGAAAGAAGAGUAUAUUAUUCUUUGUUAGCAUCCUUCAGUUUUUGAGAGCCUUCUUUAAGCAGAACCUCUGUUCAUCCUUUGUGAAGUUUACUGUCCAGUCCACAGAUGAACAGGAAAAGGAACUGCCACAGUCAAAAGAGAAUAUUUCCUUGUUUCCACUGGCUAUGUGGCAUGUACUGUCCUUGGUUGCUCGAUUACAAAACCUACUUGUCCAGAAGGACUUUUUGCUAUCACAAGCUGUUAUUGGGUGUCUUGAGAUUUUGUUGGAAUAUCUGCAUCUGAAAAAUCAGAGCACCGCAUGUCAUAUUGCCUCACACCCAUGGAAUAAAUUUCUGCUGAUCACACUUUUAGGUGGUAAUGAGAAUUCCUUUCUUAACUCAGAAAUUCUUAGACUCGUUAGUUUGUUUAUGAAAUAUCAGGACAUCAGGACUAUUUCCGAAAUUGAAAUUAGCCAUAUUCUUGAAGAAGCAGCCCAUACCAACUUGCUAGAACUUUCUAAUGACACAGUCAGUGCUCUUCGCUUGUUUCUUCUUCAGCUUCAAAAAAUAAAGUAUCAAGUGGAUUCAAGUAAAAAAGCUGUGAUCCAAACAUUGUUGGAGAACCUCCCACCCAUAAACAGGCAUCAAUGGUCCCAUCAAGGCAUAGUGUAUCUUUUUUUGGAGGAUAUGUAUAGAGUUUAUGACUAAAUUGAGUCAGUUACAGCAUGUUUAAGGAUUAUCCUUUAAAGCUAUUUGACGGUAUAUUUGAAAUUAUAGUACAAUACUAUAUAAUGAUUCAAUGUUUAAAGAUGCACAAAGUUAAAGUUGUGUUAAGGUUUAGUUUAAAACUAUCCAGGUUGCUGUUUCACUUUUCAGUAAAAUGAAAAAUACAGUUUUGCUAAUAUGAUUAUUGUGUUCUCUGACCAUUGGGUAUUCAGGAGAAUAUUUAUAGCUCAGAGUUAAAAUGAGGAAUCCUUGAUGCUCUCUGAGCUUGGUUGUUUUCUUGCAGAUGUUUCAUCACCCCAAACUAGGUAACAUCAUCAGUACUAGCACCUAGUUUGGGUAAUGAAAUGUCUGUAAGAAGACAACAAAGCUCAGAGAACAUUGACUCCUUAUUCAGGAAUGAUUGAAGACCUUUCUGUUUCUUUGCAAUUUCUUUGGAUAGAUCAUGUCCACCAUAUGAUAAUGUUCUUUUUAAGGAUUUUUGGCAUUUUGCUUUUUUCCAGUUUUGUGAAUGCAAGCAGAGCAUCCUGCAUCCAGCAGCUGUUUCCAAGAUAGCAGAUUGGUUAAUGUUUUCUCUAGAAAUAGAUGCCAUGGACAAUAAUAAUGUGGGAAGAAUGGUAUUGUGAAGUAUCAGGAUUUCUAUUCCAGAAUUUACUAAUAAAUUCUGGUUUCUCAUUUAUGAGUUGCCCAAAAUAUUUUUAUUGUUUUUUACUCUCAAUCUAGUAUCCUUAGCAAGCUUUCUCUUUUUCAGUGCCUUGGAAAGUAAGAUAUAUCUUAGCACAUUGUGAUUUUUCUUAUUUAUGUUUUCUGGAAUUAUACUUAAUUGGUUUCAGUUCAUAUUUUAUUUUAAGGAUUUUCUAAACAGAUUGAUUUAUUACUUUCCAGUACUCUUCUGAGGUUUUUUAAAUAUAACCAUCACAUGUGCUAUCUAUUGAAGAGAUACUGAAUGCCUUAAGUAUGUAUUGACUAAUGCCCUUUACCAGAGAUAUGUAUAUAGCACUGUAGAUACUAAAAUCACAGCAGGAAUAAACAAACACAGUUCCUGCUUUACUGUAGUGAACUCAUAGACUGAAUAUCCUGAAUCCAUUUUAGUAACUUGAAUUGAUUUUGGAUAUAUAUUGCCAAAUUAAACAUGAGUGACAUUCAGAUUGUCUCUGAGGCAGGUAAAGAAAUGAUUGGAGAGGAGUUUAUGGCUAAAAUUUGGAACAUAUUUAUUUAUUUAUUUUGAUCCCAGCUUUAUUGUCCUUAUAAAUAACUCAAUAUGGUAAAUAUAUCUAAUGCUCCUUUCUCCUCCUACUUUUCCCACUACGACAACAAAC